UGUUUUUAUCAUUAAAAGUAUCUAUCCUUUUGCUCGCCAGAGCCAAAAAACGCCACAUUUUUUAUUUAUGCCAAAUAUUCGAUAACCAAUAACAAUAUCCGAAAAGAACCAUCCCACGUUACAACUCGGUGUAAGUAAAUAAAAUAUUGAUUCUGAUCUGACCAGUAAAAUUGAAAACAUUCAUAAUUGGGCGCUCGUUCUUCGAACAAAUUAGCCAAAAUGUUACUCCACCGAGGUAGGCAACAAGCUUGACUCCUUCGAAAGGUAACUCCGAUAAUAAAUGAACAAGGCCACCAGGUUAUCAAACGAUAAGCUGAUUCUAUGCUGAUUGCUUUCACAUUUCGGUUUUGACUGCUGCCGGUUUUGCAACUCAGUCCAGUCAGUGUCAGUCCUCGGUCAAGAUGUCUAACAAUCCAGAUCUACUAUCGGUCGACGAUUCAAAGCCAAUACUGUAUUCAUUCUAUCGAAGUUCCUGUGCAUGGCGGGUGCGGGCAGCGCUCAACCUAAAAGAAAUCGCAUACGAUAUUAGGCCGGUCAGUUUGAGUGGUGAGCAGGACGGCAAUGAGUUUCGUCAGGUUAAUCCGAUGGGCCGUGUUCCGGCGCUGCUUAUCGAUGGCCACACGAUAAUAGAAUCAAUAGCAAUUUUGCAUUAUUUGGAAGAAACCCGACCGCAGCAUCCCUUGCUACCGCAAGAUCCGCUAAAACGCGCAAAAGUUCGCGAGAUAGUCGAGAUAAUCACGUCCGGCAUCCAGCCGCUUCAGAACAAUGGCGUUCUAGACCGGGUCGGUUCAGAAAAGCAGCAAGAAUGGGCCCAGCACUGGAUCAACCGUGGUUUCGCAGCCAUCGAAAAGCUCCUGUCCUUGUCGGCCGGUAAGUUCUGCGUUGGAGAUGAAAUCACUCUGGCCGAUUGUUGUCUAGUGCCACAGGUGUUCAAUGCACGACGCUUCGGCAUGGAUCUUAGCGCGUAUCCUAUUAUCGUUCGAAUCGAUCAGGAGCUGAACGAGCAUCCGGCUUUCCGUGACACUCAUCCUUCGAAACAACCGGACUGUCCACCGGAGGAGAUCAACUGAGGUCAAGCCUGAAUAACCAAGCUAUUUUGUUCAAUCGAAAUGAAACCCAAAUUUCUAAAUUUUGACGGUUUUUCGGUAAAAAUUAUAAAAAAAAACUUUUUGUUUA